GUGUGACUGCUCUUAUAGAAGGAAAAAAACGUUUUUUAUAAAUGAAAACACAUAUUAAGAUUAAACACAAUAUCAUUAUCAAGUUAGCAUGCGCUCUGAUGUCAGUCAUGUAUACAAAAGGAUUAAAAUGGCCAUAAUGCAGUGAAUUUCCUGCGGUGUGACAUGCCUAUGCAAUGUGUUGAUGCAGGACACAUUUUGUCAAUAAUGGCAAAAAUUAGGCGAAAUUCCACGGACCACUAAGUGCUUUAUUUUUUUCUAUUUUUUCCAAUUUUAUCAAACAAUUUUUUCAGGAAUUGGAAAAACUUCUUUUUUUUUUUUGGCGUUGCGCCCUUCAACGCCUGAUUGGUUGCCGAGCAUUCAUCCCUACCUUUCUAAGACCAAGCAGAUCAAGCAAAUUGAUUUGUGGUUGCAAACGCGGCUUAAGUAACUGCCCGGCUGCACAGCAGAAAAUCUAUGUGGACAAUAGCAUCUGGAAAAGUGUGCACCUACCUGUACUUGCUAUAUGCAUAUUUGGUUCAACUUGGUCAUUUUUUCUACCAUAAAUACACCCCCCUCCCAGCAGUUAUCAGAAGUAGUGAAUGCCUAGCUAGGCCGUUCCCUCCUAGUGACGAAACGCCUUCGGCGUUGCAACUAGUCAGGUCAAGAGCAGUGCAAGUACUUUCUGAGUUCCCGAAAAUACGGGAACUCCUUUCACUUUGUCGAGAAGCAAACAACCAUAAGCAAACCAAGGGAGACAGGUCAACCAUGCUGUUUGGGAUAUGGUAAUUGUUAUGCUCUUGGUCAGACCAAGUCUCGAAUAGAUUUGAACGUCGAUGAUAAUCAAGCUAGUGAAUGCCAUGGCCAGCAGUUAUCGUUGGUUAAUGCAUAGACACACAUUUGUAGGUUUUAUGCUUGUUUCAAUAUUGAAUUGCAUAUGUGGACUGUACAGUAUUAUGUUCUACAUCAUCUUGCAGGCAUGUGCCUACAACCUUUUGUUAUGUCUUGCCAUCAUCUACCUCCACUUCAUGUCAUUUAUCACCCCUCUCUUCCUCUUUGUCCAGGAUCUCAUUCCCUGUGGUUGAUGACCACUUUAAUCAAAGGAGACACUCCCUUUCCAGAACUCUCCGCCAUUUUCUUGGUGGAUGAUAUUCAAAUUGCAUACUAUGGCAAAAAUGACAACAAGCUUAUGUAUAGAGGACAAAGCAGCACUGGUGCAGAAACAGACUCAUCUGAUAAGUUCAUUGAAGAAAUUGUGGGAGGAUAUAUAUAUGAUAACAUGAAGGACACGGCAGAGUAUUUGAAGAAUCACAAGAACCACACAAACAAUAUUUUGGUCUUGCAGCGAGCAUCGGGAUGUGAACUUCUGAAUGACGGUCAGCCAGGGGUUCUAUUUGGUCAUGAUGCUUUCAACGGAGAGAUUGGAGAUGCUCGUCGUUAUGAUCCACAGCUUAAGAAACUUCACACUGACCGUGUGUGGCCAGCAGCCGUGGACAUAAACUGGCAGGAUAUUUUUCCGGUCAUAUAUGAACACGUUUUACACCCUGCCUGCAUUAAUAUGCUACAGAAACAUCUUGUUAAGGAAAAAAAUCGUAUCUUUAAAAAAGUGAAGCCUAAAGUGAGGAUCAUCCCGAAACGAGGUCCAGGCUCCUCAGUUCUCCUGAUCUGCCUGGCUACUGGUUUCUACCCCCGUCACAUCAACCUGACCCUGCUCAGAGACGGCCAGCCUGUGCCUGACCACCAGAUCACUGGGGGGGAGCUGCUACCUAAUGGAGAUGAGACGUACCAGAUGAGGAAGAGCCUGGAGGUCAACACAGAGGAGCUACAGCAGCAUCACCGUGCUGUACAUAUGUAUAUCCCAGAUCAACACUUCCUCUUCUGCUACAAAUUCCGAGGAAUUGAAGGAGAUGACAGGACAACAUGAUGAGACACACAACAGCCUUGAGACAUAGAUAAACACGUGUCCUUGAACAAGGCCUCUAACCCUAAAUUGCUCCAGAGAUGCUAAUCAAAACCCUGUACUACAUCUGUUACAUACUUUGAGCAAAGGCAUGUGCUAAAUAUGAUGUGAGCGAAUGAACUUGCAGUUACUGUUAAUACUCUUGUGAUUCAUUUAGUUUUGUUCUGUUUUUUUUUUUUGAUCAAUGUUUGCAUGAGGCCUAAACUUUGCAGCCUUCAGCAUUUGAAAGUGCACUCAGCAUUUACCACAUUACAUUACAUCGCUGCACUGUACCUAUUGUGACCGCAUAUUGUAACUGCAGUUCUUUGCAGGAUUGCAGUGAUAUCAUGAAUGAAUCACUGCAUUUAAUCAGUAUGACAGCAGUAUUUUUGCAAUCAUACUGUAAAUGACAUUUUUUUAUAUUGCAGUACAAUACCAUUUUUCC